GGGGCAGCGCCGGCCGAGAGUCCUCUGCGCGCCGCUACUGCGGCCGGUCCACAGCAGCUCUGACAGUCGCGGCGCAGGCACCGAGCCCCUCGCCAGCCCCACGCAGUCACAGCGACCUCCGGCUCGUCCCGCUCUCUCUUCCGGCGCUGCGGAGCUGCAUCUGGCGUGUACCUGGCACCACCCCGGCCGCGCUGGAGCCCGCGCCCGCCUUGGCCCGGCCACGCCGGGAACCCGGCCCGGAGCUGGAGCCCCAUCUGGAGCCACGGGCCCGGGGCCCUGAGCCGCGCAGCCGGCGCAUGGUCAACUCGCUGCUGUUCGGGGAGAUGGCCUUGGCUUUCGGCUGCCCGCCGGGGGGCGGAGGCUGCGCAGGCGGUGGCGGUGGUGGUGGGGCCGGGCCGGGGCCCUCGCCUGUAACGGCGGCACUGCGGGACGAUCUGGGCUCCAACAUCCACCUCCUCAAGGGGCUCAACGUGCGCUUCCGCUGCUUCUUGGCCAAAGUGCACGAGCUGGAGCGGCGCAACCGGCUCCUGGAGAAGCAGCUGGAGCAGCAGCAGAGCGAGCGCGAGCGGCGGCUGCGCUACAAGACCUUCUCCCGCGAGCAGGCCGUGCAGACCGGGCCCGAACUGCUGCGGCCGCCGGCUGCGGGCGGCGGGCAGGCCCUCGGCGCGGCCACCGGCGUCAACGCCAACGCGGUGGCCCUGGGCGGCCUGCCCCCCGGCGGCGGCUCGCACCCGCAGCACUACGGUCGCCUGCCCGGGACCAUAUGGAGCUACACGCAGGUGCGGCGCACGGGCGGCGGCGGCGUGGAGACAGUGCAGGGCCCCGGCGUGUCGUGGGUACACCCGGACGGCGUGGGUGUGCAGAUAGACACCAUCACGCCAGAGAUCCGCGCACUCUACAACGUGCUGGCCAAGGUGAAGCGCGAGCGUGACGAGUACAAACGGAGAUGGGAGGAAGAGCUGGCCAAGCGUAUGAACCUCCAGACCAUGGUGGACACACUGCAGGAGGCAGCGCAAGAAGCCGAGGCCAUCCAGGAGGAGAUGAACGAGAAAAUCGAACGGCUCAAAGCCGAGCUGGUGGUGUUCAAAGGGCUCAUGAGUGACCCCAUGACAGACCUGGACACAAAGAUCCAAGAAAAGGCUAUGAAGGUGGACAUGGACAUCUGCCGCCGGAUCGAUAUCACGGCUAAGCUGUGCGAUGUCGCACAGCAGCGGAACUCGGAAGACGUGUCCAAGAUCUUCCAGGUGGUCCCUAAGAAGAAAGAUCGUAAGGUGGCUUCAGAUGAUGACAUCUCCGAGCAGGAUGGGGAGGUGAAUCGGUUCUCAGACGAGGAGGUCGGCUCCAUGAACAUCACGGAUGAGAUGAAGCGCAUGUUUAACCAGCUGCGGGAGACCUUUGAUUUCGAUGACGACUGUGACAGUCUGACUUGGGAAGAGAAUGAAGACACGCUGCUGCUAUGGGAGGAUUUUACCAACUGUAACCCAACCAUUGACCUGCAGGGCGAGCAAGAAGAAAACUUGGGCAACUUGAUCCAUGAGACUGAGUCCUUCUUCAAGACGAGAGACAAGGAGUACCAGGAGACGAUAGGGCAGAUCGAGCUGGAGCUGGCCACAGCCAAGAGCGACAUGAACCGACAUCUGCAUGAGUAUAUGGAGAUGUGCAGCAUGAAGCGAGGCCUGGACGUGCAGAUGGAGACCUGCCGUCGGCUCAUCAAAGGCUCUGCAGACAGGAAUUCACCAUCCCCCAGCUCUGUGGCCAGCAGCGACUCAGGAAGUACAGAUGAGAUCCAGGAUGACCUGGAGCGGGAGGCAGAUGUGGAGCCCAUGGUCAGCUGAUAAUGGAGGCCCUGGGCAAC